AUGCCGGCGGGAAUGAAACCGCUGGAGAAGUUUUUGAAAAAGCAGACCACGGCGUUGACCCGGGCAGGGGGCUUCGGUGGGGCGGAUAAGGCCAGCGGCACCGGCGCCUCCCGGAGGAGGGCCAGUCUGUCCCGCGUGGUGCCCUUCUUCAGAGAAACCUCACCGGAUAGCGGACAGGCCCGGGAGGUGUUCAGCCCGGACAGCGAGGACCCACCAUCGUGGCCUGCAGCCACAGGGACUGGGGUGGAUGUGCGGAGCCCGUCCCUGUCCAGCGACGAGCAGAGCUCUGAAGCCAGUCUGGCCACAGACACUACCGGCGGGGGAGUGGUUGCAUGGACGCCUCUCAACUCUGACACCCCAAACAACCUGACCCUGGCCCUGCUGGACAGUGUGGCUGGGAAACGCUACGGACACUGUGCAGACCCUGUUGAUGAUUUCAUGUUGACACAUCCAAUUUUCUUGACGGCUGACAGGUUCCAGCAAGUUCUACUGCAGCAGAGGGGCAGGGAGGGGGAGACGGAGGGAGAGAGUGAAGGAUGGCCAGCAGGGCUGGAUGGAGGGGAGAGGAAGCAGGCGGUGCUGAGCGUGGCCUUCCGCUACCUGGAUACGUACAGAGAACUGCUGCAGGAGGAGGGGGACCACAGCAACAGUUUUCCCAAGGAGUUGUAUAUGUAUGCAGUUCAGGAGUUGAGUCGCUACCCGGAGCUGGUGGAGGAUGUCCUCAAACUGCAGAGAUGGACAGAGAUUCUACACUGCCCAUUGGAUGAGGAAAAGGAGAGCAGGAAGAAGCAAGUUCGGCCUCUUUUCAGACACUUCAGACGUAUCGAUGCCUGCCUGCAGCCCAGAGAGGCUUUCAGGGGCUCAGACGAGAUCUUCUGUAGGGUCUACACCCCGGAUCAUUCCUAUGUGACCAUCAGGAGCCGUCUGUCAUGUCGGGUGGGGGAGAUCUUGGCUCUUGUAAGAGAGAAGCUCCAGUACAGUGAGGACCAACCAGCUCUGCCCGGAAACCUCAUACUGGUGGCUGUCACGUCGGCUGGGGAGAAGGCAGUGUUCCGUCCCAGUGACGAAGCAGUGUUCACGACGCUUGGGGUGAACACACACCUGUUUGCCUGUGAGCACUCAGAACUUGACUCGCUGCUUCCUCUUCCUGAGGAGAUCCACUGGACACCAGGUGACAGCAAAUUACAUGACAUGUCGGCAGAGGAGGUGGCGAAUCAGCUGGUAGUAUUUGACUGGGAGCUCUUCAGCUGCGUGCAUGAGGUGGAGUUUGUUUGCUACGUGUUCCAUGGGGAGCAGGCGCGCUGGCGCCCUCUUAACCUGGAGCUGGUACUGCAGCGCUGCAGCGAGGUGCAGCAUUGGGUGGCCACAGAGAUCCUGCAGUGCCAGUCGCUGCCCAAGAGGGUGCAGCUGCUGCGCAAGUUCAUCAAGAUAGCUGCCCUAUGUAAACAGCAGCAGGACCUGCUGUCAUUUCUCGCUGUAGUUUUGGGGCUUGACAACCCAGCUGUUAACAGGUUGAGACUCACCUGGGAGGGUCUCCCAGGGAAGUUCAGGAAGCAGUUCCAGCAGUUUGAGAGCAUUGCGGACCCCUCUCGGAACCAUAAGUCCUACCGAGACCUGAUGGCCAGCCUCCGACCUCCACUUAUUCCUUUCACACCACUACUGUUAAAAGACCUGACGUUUCUUCAUGAGAGCUGCAAGACGUUUCACGGGGAGCUGGUGAACUUUGAGAAGAUGCAUAAAGUAGCAGAGAUGGUCCGGACAAUACGACGAUACAGGAGCACUCAGCUAGUCUUGGAUGCAGAGCCGUCCCCCUCCCACCUCCAGACCAAGGCCUACGUUCGCCAGCUGCAGGUGAUUGACAACCAGAACCUUCUGUUUGAUAUGUCUUGCAAGCUGGAGCCCAAAGACAUGUAG